UUUAAAUUUUACUAUGGCAGCACCCGAGCCCAUGAAAAGACUUUUCGCCAAGAUUGAUGAGAAUAAGAAGAAGUAUAUAGAUAACCUGGCCAAGGCUGUAGCGAUCAAGUCUGUGUCUGCCUGGCCGGAAACUAGAGAUGAGAUUGGUAAAAUGAUGAAGUGGAUGGGUGAGGAACUGAAGAGCCUAGGUGCAGAGAUUGAAUAUGUUGAUAUCGGAACUCAAACACUUCCGGAUGGGAAGGUUCUGAAAUUACCCCCUGUUCUAAUGGGUGAACUGGGAAAGGACCCUGCUAAAAAGACGCUGUUAGUGUACGGACAUCUGGACGUUCAGCCGGCGGCCUUGGAGGAUGGUUGGGAUACAGAACCCUUUGUUCUCACCGAGGUUAAUGGCAAGCUCUACGGUCGAGGAUCUACCGACGACAAGGGACCUGUCCUAGGUUGGAUUCAUGCUCUGCAGGCUUACCAGGAGUGUAAUAUUGACCAGCCUGUCAACUUCAAACUGUAUAUUUGUUGUAUUCAGGUUGAUUUCUGUUGUAUAUCUGACAACUACUGGCUGGGGAAGGAGAAGCCCUGCCUAACCUAUGGACUACGGGGGGUCUGCUACUUCUUUAUUGAGGUCGAGUGCGCGGCAAAGGACCUACACAGCGGUGUGUUUGGUGGAACUGUGAGUGAAGGUAUGGCGGACCUGAUGUGGAUGAUGAACCAGUUGGUGGACGGGGAGGGGAACAUACUCGUUGAGGGUCUCAUGGACAGUGUUGCGCCACUCACUGAUGCUGAGUCUGCUAAAUACGACAACAUUGAUUUCGACCCUGAGGAGUACAGGAAGGAUAUUGGGGCACCANACACAACCUUAGAUGGGUUCAAGGGUGAUAAGAAAUCCAUCCUCAUGGCCAGAUGGAGAUAUCCUUCCCUCUCCCUUCAUGGAAUACAGGGAGCUUUUGCUGAUGCUGGUGCUAAGACUGUGAUUCCAAGGAAGGUUAUUGGUAAGUUUUCGGUCCGAAUUGUUCCAAACCAAACUCCAGAAAUAGUGGAGAAGGUCGUCGUUGAUUACUGUAACAAGAUAUGGGCAACAAGGAAGUCAGAGAAUAAGAUGGUUGCUUCCAUGUUCCACGGAGGACGUUGCUGGCUUUCUGAUCCUGAUCAUCCGAACUAUAUUGCUGGAUCCAAAGCCACUAAGAUGGUUUAUGGAGUAGAGCCAGAUCUAACUAGAGAGGGAGGAUCUAUCCCUGUUACUUUAACCCUCCAGGAAGCUACAGGUAAAAAUGUGAUACUGCUUCCAAUGGGAGCAGCAGAUGAUGGUGCACACUCCCAGAAUGAGAAGAUCGACAUCAGGAAUUACAUCGAAGGUACAAAACUGCUUGGAGCCUAUGCUUACGAACUGUCCCAACUUUAACUUGAGGACAUUUGCUGUCAUAAUUUUGACAUCUUUCAUUUUGUCCAGCAAUAGCGCUGUCAUGCAAACUCGAGAUAUUUUUUGGAGAUUUUCAUUGAUUAAAGGGCUUUUAUUGCUCUUACGUAAAUCCCUUUUGUGAUAUUAAAUGUGAUUGAAUUUAUUUUUAUUGGCAAUUUUAGAUAAAUAAAAUACUCCAACUAAU